GGACGAUUUGAAUUUCCGUUAGGUGGUCUCUCGUUCCCGUUGUAGGCGGCGGUGGAGUAAGGUGGCGUUCGUGAUGUUGAAUAUGUCGUAGUUGCCCGUAGUUCUCGGUUGUUCACUACCUGAGGUGUUACCAUAUAUCGAGGUAAAAUCUGGAGCCUCGCGAUAGCACUCGCCCCCUUCAUUUCCCAAUCGAGUAGCUCUCUCUUCCAAAAAAAAAAAAUCCAAAAUGUCCCAGAGUUCCCCAAGGCAAUGGGACUCACCGUGCUCCGUACGUUAAGCUGAGGACCCGAGCGAGUGCGAGUGAGAGAGUAACGAAAAAAAAACCGCUGGAGAGAGAGUGCUGGAGAUUACGGAAUUAUUUGGGCGCGAUCAACUGAUUUAAUUCCAUUUUAAAAAACUCGACAACAAAAACAACUUCGAGUCGCGACGACUAGACGUUGACUCAGUGGGAGGGUUCUGGUUAAUGGGCGACUAUGGACGAGAGGGCUGAGAGACUGUGAAGAGGACUGAGAGGUAUGGUGAUAUUGGAGUGAGGCACUUGGCGAAACAACUGGGGGAUUACAAAGGAUUCGCGUUAUUUGGGGGAUAUUGAGGAUGAAUAAUCAGGCGUUUAGCUUGGCCGAGAGGCUCAUCCCUUCGACCUAUGUACAGCAGGGAUUGAAUGCUAAAAAAACGAGGGAAAAUCUCAUUCGACAUUUCAUUGAACAUCGAAAAUGGCCGGAGGAGGGAUGGGACGAUGCAACAAUCGAGGCAUUUCUCUCAGACCUAUCCCAGAUGGACAGCAACAAUUUUCCCCUCAAUUGCAGUGUUGGGGAACGCGAGUCACGUAUAGUAUCGAAUCUCGUUGCGAGACGUCAUUUUCGAAUGGGCCACGGUAUUGGAAGAUCGGGAGAUCUCGAGGAGGUGCAGCCGAAGGCUGCCGGUAGCAGUCUCAUGUACAAACUAACUAAUGCACUUGUUCUCGAAGUAAUUCGAUAUAUGGGAGUAAAAAGCAUAGCCGGUUGCUUCCUCUCCCCAAUGGCCACAGGCAUGAGCCUCGUUCUGUGCAUGCUGACCCUGAAACAAGACAGACCCCGAGCAAAAUACGUCCUUUGGCCCAGAAUCGAUCAAAAAUCUAGCUUCAAAUCGAUAAUAACAGCAGGACUCGAACCAAUAGUCAUCGAGAUGCAGAUUAUCGGGGAUGAGCUCAAGACCGAUAUGCAGAGACUAGAGUCCCAAAUGGCUGCACUAGGCGAGAGCAUCGCUUGUGUAUUAUCGACGACUAGUUGUUUCUCCCCAAGGGCCUGUGACUCGGUCGAUCUUAUUGCUGCAUUGUGCACUCAGUAUAAUAUUCCACAUCUGGUCAAUAAUGCUUAUGGACUACAAAGUACCAGAUGCAUGCAUCUGAUUCAAGAGGCCUCGCGAAAGGGUCGAGUGGAUGCAUUUGUCCAAAGUACAGACAAGAAUUUCCUGGUGCCAGUGGGUGGAGCAGUGAUAGGUUCAUUCGAUAAAAACCUGCUGGAUCGAAUUUCAAAAAUGUAUCCAGGUCGCGCAAAUGCAAGUUCCACGAUGGACGUUAUGAUAACAUUAUUGAGUCUGGGAAUGGCGGGAUACAAGCAGCUGAUAGCCCAAAGGAAGGAGAUGUACGCGUAUCUGAAGGAAGAGCUUGGGAAACUGGCGACGAGGCACGGGGAGAGACUGCUCGAUACCAAGGGGAAUCCCAUAUCGAUGGGCAUGACGCUGCAGUGCUUGAGCCAUCAGCAUGAUCACAAGCAAGUCACCAUGCUGGGCUCCAUACUAUUCGUGAGGAACGUCAGUGGGGCUAGAGUCAUCACGACGACUGAUGUUAAACACGUUGUAUCACAUAAAUUUGAAGGCUGGGGAGCCCACAACAGUAACUACCCAAUCCCAUAUCUGACAGCAGCAGCAGCCCUAGGGAUGAAGCGUUCAGACGUAGACGCCUUCAUCCAGCGUCUGGACAAAGCCCUGACAAAAGUCCGGAGGCGUUCAGCCCCAGUGACCCCAACAGCCUCCCUAGCAGGCUCCAGUAUCAACGGUGACGCAAGCAAUCCUGGUGGACCCGGUGAAUCCUCCACCGCGUCCACCAGCCGAGCGAGUAGCAAAGACAGCCUGCGAAAAUGAACCGUAAUCAACGCAACUGGCCAGUCCAAUCAGCACAUUAACAUCAAUUUGUAAGCGAUGAAUUUUCUGUGCUGAUUCGUCUGUCCAAUUGCGUUGAGAUACCGAGUCUAUUCAUGAAUAAAAUUUCAACAAAACGAGGGAAAAACUCAGUGUUUUGGUUGAGGGGAGGAAGCGCUGGUCGCUUGGAGAUUAUUGAGGAACGAACAAUUCUUACGUUCUCUGAACAUUCAUUUGUUACUGAUUAUCGAUCACUGUUGAUAAUUAACUUUGAUUAUCCUGCAAUAAUGUGUAAUUACAAUCCUUCAAUAUUUUCAAUGCACGUUUGAUAUUUAUAUUCAAUAGUGAAGUGGUGAAACUCAACAGGAGACAGGAGUUCACUUUUUACGUGCUGUUAAAUACGAAAUUAUCUCAGUAAUGAGUAGUUUUAGAGAAAAAUGCCACAAGGGAUUUUUGUUGGAAAUUUUAUCAGCUACAAAAAAGGUCUUGUGAGAUUUUUCGUUAGAACCACUCGUUCUCGAGAUAUUCGUCUUGAUGACAAAAUAUGACGAAUUAUAUUUGGGAGAAAUGUCGCGACGUUUUUGUCUGAAGUAAUUAGUCUGUGAGAUAAUUGCAAUGUUGAUGGAAAUAUCAUGUUUUCACCACUUCACUGAGACGUGAAUAAUUUCUAUCAAUUAUUUUCUAUUCUGCGAAUUGAAAUGAAAGGCGACUGGAGAUAAUCUACGGGUGACAUCAAUGAGGAAAUUAUGGGGAUGGGGCAUGAAUAUAAAUUGGUUGACGAAUGGAGAUUUGUUUCUUCUUGACAUAAUAAAUUGUAAAUUGGAAUAAAAUCGCGAGGAUUAAGUUAGGUAGACAGCUUCUGAAGGUAAAUUAGAUUAGUUUUUUUUUUACUUCACUCCACUGUCAUUAGUGCUCCAUCAGAAUAGGUGCAUUCGAAUCUGUUGUGAAGUGGUGAAACGUGAUAAAUGGAAUUUUACACUUUUCCAAAUUGCAUUCAUCUCGGAAACGAGUGGUUUCAGAGGAGAAUAUGCGAGGAUCUUUUUCGUAGUGUUCGUAAUUUUCUGACGAAAAUUGUUUCUGGCAUUUGCCUCUAGAAUAACUCACUGCCGAGGUAAUUCCACAUUUAACAAGAUGUAAAAAUCGGCAUUUCGAUGAAAUAUUUUAUCACAUCACUGCAGAGACGAUUAAUGAAAGACAAUGGAAUGAGUAUGAGGCGUUGAGUGCCGCCUGCGUUUAGAAUUAGAAAUUAAAAUUAAUCACACGCAUCAAAGAAUUAGUUCUACUAAACCUAAACCAAAAAUUAAAACAUGAGAAAUAAACAAAAAAAGUGGUAGAGAGUUAAAUCUCAAUCAGAGGUAGGAAAAAUUGCAUGAAUUUAGAAAGUACGUGAACGGGGGCGAGAUUUAAUAAUGGCCUGGAGCCUAGGGGUGACUAGGUGAAUUGAGGAUUAAAAACUCAGUGGCUGAGAAACUAUAGAACACAUUAGAUAGUGGAAAUUUGUUAUUAAUUUGAAUGAAUAUAGCCUUUACACGUUGUUAGUUAUAUCUGUGCUAAUAAUGUUUACAAAAUUUAAAUUCAAUUAAGCCUAGCUCAAUACUCAAAUUUUUAUCCCUACGUUUAUCAAUGUUAACGAAGUUUAUUUAUUUUUCUAUAGAUAUUAGAAAUGGCUUUGCAUCCGCGGGAGUAGGCUGACACGAUUAGUUGAUUUAUUUCUGUGGGGAAGUGGUGCAAGCAUUAUUUUGUCUAUAUCUCAGAAAUGUCUUCUGACAUUUUUCUCUGAAUCCAUUAGUUUCUGAGAUAUUUGCAAAAUACUCUGGAUGAAAUUUUGAAAAUCUCGCUCUACCGCUUCUCUACAGAUAUCCAAUCACAUAAAAAAUAAACAAAACGAAUUCUGACGAUGGAAUAAUAAUGUUACCGAGUGACUGUACUGUAAAGAAUGUUAACUGACUAAUUGAUCAAUUAAUCACAUGCAGAAUAAAUCAAUACAAUAAGUACUGUAAAACAAAUCAGAAUUUUUGCAAAAAGUACUUGAGAAUUUUCCUAUGUAAAUAAACUCUUGGUUUGACCAAUUUUUUCAUUUCACUCCUCGACACAAUAUAAUUUAUCUUCUCUUUACUUCAAUCACGAUUGAUUCAAAUCAAUGAAGAACAAAUGAGGUAUUUUAAAAAAUGUAUUAAUGAAAGUUGUGCUCAUCGAAUGUGUUGUACAACAAUUGGAAAGGCCUAAGUUCAAAACUUAACACCUUAAAAAAAAAAA